UUCCCCAAACCAAACCCGAGCUUACUUUUCACCUCGACAAGAUCUAUCCUGAUACAAUCUCCAUGGAGGAACCAGAGAAGGGGUUAUCUACUCGUGGGACUUCAGAGUCAACAGUGACCCAUGAUGAGAAAGCGGGUGUUGAAACCCUAGAGGGGUCUUUGGUUUGUGGGGGUCAGGUUCAGAUUGAGGGUUCGUUCUCAGGGGAGUUGGUUGGAGAUGGUGGGGCUUGUAAUGGGAAGGAUGUAAUGGUUGAGGUUUUAGGUACAGAUGUGUAUAUAGAUGGUGUUUGCACUCGUGAGAGUGGUGCUGAGCUGAAUGAGCAAGUGGGUUGUGGUGGAUCAGUGGAGGGUGGGGAGGAUUUGGGUGAGGAUGUGAAGUCUGUAGGGGCAGGUUGUGGGUCUGAGGCUCGGUUUGAGGACUCUAAGGCUGUGGAAUCUGAAGACGCUAGGAGCAAGAAUGCGACAGAAGAGAGAGAUCAAGCAAUGGUUGGUAGUGACCAAUUUGAUGUUGCAUCUUUACAGGAGGACUCUCUUUUGGAUAAUAGAGCUCAGAAAGAAGUGGAAACUGGGGUUAGUGACUCUUUCUCGGUUGGUAAUACCAUGUCCGGGAAAACUGAAGCUCCCAUUGAGGCAGAUGUUGGGGCUGAGUGCAAAAAUGCACUGGAUGCUGGUGUCCUAGAUCACACAGUGACAAGUACUAUAUAUGAUAGUUCAUUAACAGUUGGUUCUGUAGGGGGAGAAAAUGUGCAGAGCAGAUGGGCCGAAAAGGAUGAUCAGAAAGAGAGGAACUUGAUUGAUAUUGGAGUACCAGGAGAUGGAAAUGAUGUGACCUUGAAAACAUUGGAUGAACAGAAGAACAUUGCUAACUGGCAGAACGAUAAACUAUUGGAGAAAGAAGCAUGUAAUUGUGACAAAGUUGAAUUUGAGGAAAAGUUAAAUUCAGUUGGAGAACAGCCAAUUGGGAUUGAUAAAGUUGAUGGUAACUCCAAUAAUAUACUAGAAGAAGUGGUUGGGGGAACUGAAGUUGCAACAGACAAGCCUCUUUUGAAUUCUGAAGAAAAACAGAGCUUUAGCCUUGAAAAGUGCACUGAAAAGGAAUGGAUGACUGACAGUUCAAAGGUUAGUUCAGAUACAGGUCAGGGAAUAGUUGACAAGGAUAAAGAAGUGAAAUUAAACAAGAAUGUUUUUUAUGCCGAACAAUGUAGUUUGCAUAAGGGGAUAGAAAUAGAAGUUGAAGAUCGAAAUGAAUCAGAUAAGACUAACAUAAUGAACCACACUGCAGAGAUUAAAGGUACAUUGAUAUCUCUUGGGAGUGAGAAAAAUUUAGAUGCAAGUGAAAUUUCCAUGAUUGUAGAAGAAGACACUCAAAUUUCUGACCAGGGGUACGUUGCACAGAUGGGUGCUGGAAAGGAAAAAUUCCCCGAUGAGUCAAAUACUAGGCAAAAUGAUGAAGUACAACCAUGCGUUUCUGGGCAGGUUGCUUCAAAUGGAGGUCAGGAUAUUGAAGUUGAAGAACUUAACAAAGCGGACCAAAGAAAAAUAACAGAUGGAAAAGUCAUAAAACAUUUAUACAUGAAGCCUGGGAGUUCAGAAAUAUGUCAUCGAUAUUCACUGCCAAAAGAAAAGGAAGGCAAGUUUUCUGUGUCUGAUAUGGUUUGGGGCAAGGUGAGAAGCCACCCGUGGUGGCCUGGACAGAUAUUUCAUCCCUCAGAUUCAUCUGAGAAGGCAAUGAAGCAUUAUAAAAAGGACUGCUAUUUGCUAGCAUAUUUUGGGGAUAGAACAUUUGCCUGGAAUGAAGCAUCUCAGCUAAAAUCUUUUAGGACACAUUUCUCCUCUAUUGUAAAGCAGAGCGCUUCAGAGUCAUUCCAGAAUUCUGUAGACUGUGCUUUGGAUGAGAUCACAAGACGAGUAGAAUUUGGGCUAGCAUGUUUUUGUAUACCUAAAGAUACCUAUGACACUAUUCAAUUCCAGACUGUAGAAAAUGCUGGGAUUCGACCAGAUAUAACUUUGAGACAUGGCGUAGAUGAAUCUCUAAAUGCUAGCUCCUUUUCACCUGAUAAACUUAUAGAAUACUUGAAAAUACUCUCCGAGUUUCCAACUGGUGGCUUUGAUCGUUUGGAGCUUGUCAUUGCUAAGGCUCAGCUGCUUGCAUUCUACCGUUUUAAGGGUUACUCUUGCUUGCCGGAAUUACAAUAUUAUGGAGGUUUUGACAAUGACACGGAUACCAUAAGUUAUGAUGGUGAGAAAAAGUUGAGUGAAGUUACUGAGCAUGCAACUCCUAUAAUUAAGAAAGAUGGUGCAGCUGGUACUGGAAAUUUGAAAAGCCAAAGCAACUCUCGUCACAAACGUAAACAUAAUCUGAAGGAUACUGUUCACCCCACAAAGAAGGAAAGAAGAAUGUCAGAUCUAAUGGGCGGGACUCCAGAUUCUCCGGGUGAUGAUUAUUGGUAUGAUGAAAAGGUAACUGAUGAUUUGGUUUCACCUGGCCAUUCCAAGAAAAGGAGAACUAUUGAUCAAUAUGCUGAUGACUCAGGUAUGCAAGAUGGGAGAAAAACAAUUUCCCUUGCAAAAGUUUCAAAUACCUCAAAGCCGUCAUUUAAAAUUGGUGACUGUAUCCGUAGGGUUGCUAGUCAACUUACUGGGACACCCUCUACAUUGAAGUGUUCUGGCGACCGGUCUCAGAAGACAGAUGGAAGCACUGAUGGUUUUUCUGGGAAUGGAUCUGAUGAUCUCUUCCGGGAUUUUGAGGAGGCUCAGAGGUUGAGUGUGACUGUUCCAACAGAAUAUUCAUCUCUAGAUGAUUUGUUAUAUUCACUUCAGUUGGUGGCACAAGAACCCCUUGGAGAUUAUAGUUUCCUGAAUGGUAUCGUGAGCUUCUUCUCCGAUUUCAGGAAUUCCGUAAUUGUGGCCGAUGAAUCUGUAAAAGAGAUAUUUCGUAUGGAUAAAGUUGGUGCUAAAAGGAAAAAACCACCCAUAGCUGGAUCACCUGAAACAUUUGAAUUUGAGGAUAUGAGUGACACAUAUUGGACAGACAGGGUCAUUGACAAUGGUUCUGAAGAGCAACCAGCACAACCGCCGCGGAAAAACCGGAAAAAAGACUCUCAACUUGUCCCUGCUGAGCCAGGAAAGCCUGUUCAAGUUAAUCGGAGGUCCUAUACCAGGAAACAAUAUUCUGAUAGUAUUAAUGCUGAGGCUCCUGAAAAACCUUCUGGCUAUAUAGAUGAGAAUUCCCCUGCUGAACUUGUUAUGAACUUUGCUGAGUUGGAUUCUGUUCCCUCAGAAACAAGUCUUAAUAAAAUGUUUAGGCGUUUUGGACCACUAAAGGAAUCUGAAACAGAAGUUGAUAGAGUAAGCAGCAGGGCAAGAGUAGUUUUUAAAAAGUGUGCGGAUGCUGAGGUUGCUUGCAGUAGUGCUAAAAAGUUCAAUAUAUUUGGAGGGAUACUUGUAAAUUACCAGCUUAAUUAUACUCCAAGUGCAUUGUUCAAAGCUUCAUCUGUUACCACAACACAGGACCAGGAAAUGCAUCUUGAUCUGUCCAAUUUUGAAGUUAAUAUGGUCUAAAUUGUUUGGGAUUGGUGACAAUGAUCUGGCGGCAUAAAUUUAACUGAAGGAAUUGCUGAAGCAAUUUUUUUCUAUGUGGCUGCUGAAGGAGGUAACCAGAAUGUUAAUUCAUCUGGUUGUCCGUAUUUAGGUCAAGAGAUAAUUUUUUUUAGUAGGAUUCCUUUUGUAGGAGCUUCAUAGUUUGUAAUCCUUUUCUUAGUUUUCUGUAUAGUCAACUGACCCUCAUUUGUAGUUGCCACCUCUCUCCUUCCAGAUUUGUUUUGAAUUCUGUAACUGGUUCUGUAUCAAUAUCAAUGCUACAUAUAAUUGUCAUCGGUAAGUAUACAUUCUCUUCAGAGGGCUAGAAGUUGAUGCUAGUCAUAUCGGUUAUAUGCCUCAGUAAUUUUUAAAUGCGAGAUUAUGUUAAUUGUUAACUUAUCCUUGUAAAAUUUAAUGUUAUGUUGUGUGUGUGUGAUAAGAUAUUUUAAGACACUGAUGAGUGGUGACUGUAAAAUUGGACUAGGAGAUUGAACAGAAUUUUAAAUACUUAUUAUAGUGAAAUGUAAAAUACUUUUUCAGGUAAUCUCUACCCUAAAGAAUGCUGGACCAACCCUUUAGAACUACCAGGGUUUUUCUUUGCGUUCAAUAAGAUUUGAGCUUUGGAAAUGCAGCCCUUUCAGAACUUGAUCUAUAAUCUUUAGGAGGGAGGGGUUUGUGCCAAUCUCUAUGCCUCAUUAGCUAAGGCUGGUAUGUUAGAGCUCUUGAAGUCCCUAAACUAUUCCCUCUUUUCCUUUGUACUUGCUGAAAGUUUAUGCUUAUGUGUUCCUCUAUCCUUCAAAUGCCGGUAGCACCCAAAUAUUACUAAUCGAAAGUGAAGAUAAAGCAGAAAUAAAACCACUCUCCAUUAAACCAUAAUUAGCAAGGAUAGGGGUGAGGGUAAUCUUUGUAAAUAGUCUUAUUUUUAUAUAUUUGCAAAAAAGUUAUUUUUCAAAUUCGAACAUGUGACUUUUCAAUCUUAAAAAGCAAAAAUGCUUUGGAAAUUUCAAAUUGGAGAUUGCAUAAGUGGGAUGGCCUGAAUUAUGAUUAAUAGCACUCGUUUUCUUGCUUGUGACAAGUUUUCCUUUCAUCCUCAAACCUUGAUCAUGAUUCUUUUUUUGAUCCAGCUAGGUGCUUGGCUGUUCGAUCUUCCACAUUCAUCGCAAGCCUAGAUAUAUUUCAUAUCCAAUUCCCCAUUCUUAGUAGGCUUGUUGGCUUCUGUUUAACUGGGGUGUGUUUCUAAUUUCUAUUGAAUAUUACGCUGGUUGGAUUUCUGAAGAGGAUGGAGUCAUGCAAAUAGCCAGUGGUGUGAGAACUGUUCUUGAUCUUCUCAACCAUAUCUAGCUUCGUAAGAUAAUGAUCUUUCUCUCUUGUCAAAUGGUUUAAAACUUCUUGUGACGUACACAGUAUAUUCAAUUUGGUGGCUUGAAUGAAUGCACUCUAAUUUUG